GCAGCAAUGCCUGAAACGCCGGCAGCCAAUGCCGAGGGCAACCAGCCCAAGGCUGCAAAGGACAAGAACUGCGAGUACUGCGGCCAAGCUUUCACGUCGUCUUCCCUCGGCCGCCACCUUGACCUCUAUAUCAAGGAAAAGAACCCCAAGCCUCCGGAUGGUAUCCACGAUGUUGAAGCCAUCCGGAAGCUCCGCGGCAACAUUACUCGACGCCAGCCUCGAAGCUCAAUGGGUGCUCGACGAGAUACCUCGACGCCCGCUGGCACUCCGAAACCGACGCCUGGCAAGCUGACCCCUGGUCAAGAGUCUGCCAUGCAAAGGGAUGGUCCAUACGCCGUUGGCUCAACCGCCAUCAAGUACCCUUACGCUACUCCCUGGGAGGCCACUGGCGUCAUGAAUGACAUUCCGGGCAGGGUUCCCUGGGAUGGCAAUGCGUCUCAAGAUGCCAAGCGUGCUGGUUUGUCGAGGAACGGUAGCAGACAGAUGGCCCAAAAGGCUCAAUUCGACGUCAAACAAAAGCUGACAGACGCCAUGGACACUGCCCGAGCUGCUGAAUUGGCGCUCAGGGAGUUGCUUAGCUCAUGGCGAGCGGCAAAGCAACAAGUUGAUGCCUUCACGACACCAUUUGACUUCGACCCUCUCGCCCUGGAUUUUCCAGCCCUGACCCUGCAGUGCCUUCUGCCGCCGCCAACUCUGUUCUCAUCCACUCAGCACCCUACAUCGACAUCAUGGUCUGUGCAGUCGCCGGGCGAACGUGAAUAUGGCGCACUCCAGGCCUAUUUCCAAGAAGAGUUCAAGGCGUGGAAGGUUACGUGCGCGUCAGCCACGACCGCAGUCAUGGAGGAGGUGGCAUACCCCCCCACUGGGGGGCCGUACAGGGACAUGAAGGAAGCCGUCAAGAAGGCUGAGAGGGUGGCCGAGACGCUUGAGAGGCAUGUCAACGAACACCUGCAGUCUGCGUAUGCAGUCUGGGAGGCAUUGCCCCCUCAGCGGAGAAACGAGCUUUGGAUCCUGGAGCUUGCCCGUGGAGUGGGCCGCAAGCACAAGGAGAUGGAGAAGAUGAAGGAGCAGCAUCACAAGCUCAAGCAAGAGAACACUAAUCUCCGAUCACACAUUGACCAGCUCAACCGACUACAGCAGCCGAGGGAGUACAAGGUGCUCCCUCCCGUCACCAUCCCUGUGGAACGGGACGUCCUCUCGUACGCCAACGAGCAGAGUGUUAUGGGGGCCAAGCUUGUGGGCUUCGACAUUGAGGACCGGCAUCUGGACUUGAGCACUCUGGUGGCCAAGUCAAUCGACCGGUGGAAGAAUGUGAUCGUCUCGAGUCGUGUUGCCGCUGCUGGCAUGCCCGCACAGCGGCCUCUCGACCAGACCGUGGCCCAGCCUCCUGCUGCGGGAAACCAAAACAGUCCGUCAGAACCUCAGAGUGCCGCUCAGACACCACAGCUGACACAACCGCCGCCGCCGCAGCUCGAUAAAAGGCUCUCGACCGCAAGCACCAACGGCCCGACGAGCGAGCAGAGCGCAGCAUCUGCAACCAACACGGGCCCACCCUCAGUUGAAGAAAUAAGCGAUCAGGAUGCCGAUGCAGAAAUGGAGGAUGACGACAGCUUUGCCAUGAUCAGCCAGUCUCCCGUCAAGCCAGCCCACCCACCCAUGCAGCAGCAAGCACAGCUUGAUGUCUCUCGAGCUCGCGUCCAGCAGCAGCAGCAACAGGCCCAGCAGCAACAGGCCCAGCAGCAACAGGCUCAACAACGCAACACGGCAGACAUGCGCUACAUGAUGCCGAACGGCGCCGUCAGCCCCGCAAGCAGAGCGGCUAUGGCUAUGAACCGUGUCAUGCCCAACAUGAACAUGGCCGCAAUGCAGGCCAGUGCCAUGCAUGGGGCCGACAUCAGCAUGGCCAUGCAAGGGGUUCGUGGCGAUAUGUAUCUGGAAUAAUGUCGACGA